AUGGGACAGACUUUGUCGGAGCCUGUGGUAGAGAAAAUAUCAGAUGAAGGCCAAGAUGAAUGCGUACUCUACGGAGUAUCUGCGAUGCAGGGGUGGAGAAUAAGUAUGGAGGAUGCACACGCCGCAGUCCUGGACCUGCAAGCCAAAUACCUAGACAAGGCGCACCGUCCAACCCACCCCGACAAACGCUUAUCUUUUUUCGGUGUCUACGACGGUCACGGCGGUGAAAAGGUCGCCCUGUUUGCAGGAGAUAAUGUCCACCGCAUCGUUACGCUACAAGACUCUUUUGCAGAGGGGGAUAUUGAGCAGGCUUUGAAGGAUGGCUUUUUGGCAACUGAUCGGGCUAUUUUGGAAGAUCCUAAAUAUGAGGAAGAAGUCUCGGGCUGCACAGCUUCUGUUGCAGUCAUUUCUAAGGAUAAGAUCAGAGUAGCGAAUGCUGGAGACUCGAGAUCUGUACUAGGAGUCAAGGGGAGGGCGAAACCGCUAUCGUUCGAUCACAAGCCACAAAACGAAGGUGAAAAGGCCCGAAUAAGUGCUGCUGGCGGCUUCGUUGAUUACGGCAGAGUCAAUGGCAACCUCGCACUGUCCCGUGCACUUGGUGAUUUCGAGUUUAAGAAGAGUGCAGAUCUCGCGCCAGAACAACAGAUUGUUACUGCUUAUCCUGACGUAACUACACAUGAGAUUACAGAGGAUGAUGAGUUCCUUGUGAUUGCUUGUGACGGUAUCUGGGAUUGCCAGUCCUCACAGGCGGUGAUUGAAUUUGUUAGACGGGGUAUUGCUGCGAAGCAGGAGCUAUAUCGGAUUUGUGAAAACAUGAUGGAUAAUUGCUUGGCUUCUAAUAGCGAAACGGGAGGCGUCGGGUGCGAUAACAUGACUAUGGUCAUCAUUGGGCUGCUCCAUGGAAAGUCUAAGGAGGAGUGGUACAAAACUAUUGCAGACCGGGUUGCAAAUGGUGACGGGCCAUGCGCACCACCUGAAUAUGCGGAAUUCCGUGGCCCUGGCGUCCGCCGUCAAGGAGACGAAGGCCUCGAUGACUACGAGCCCGAUCUCGACACGCGACUCAGAGGAGGGAGAUCGGGUAGAAUCAUCUUGCUAGGCGAUGGCACCGAAGUGCUGACUGACAUGGGCGACGACGAGGAUAUGUUCGAUCAUACCGAGGAGGAUAAGGAUCUUGAGAGCCAGGUGCGCAAAGGCGGCGCGGGAGCUGAAAGAGCGGAUAGUGCAGAGGAUACCGCUAGGAGCGAGCGAGGAGGUACACCGGGUCCCCUACAACAGCAAGGGCAGCAACAGCAACAAUCGAAUCGCCAAGGUACCCCUAACGCGCAGUCUGAAUCGCCUGGUGUAAUCUCUGCGUCUCCUUCGUCCACAAGUCCGAAUGAUAUCUUACGCGGUAGCGAGAGACGGUCUACCUCAUGA